GUCCCGCAGACCCAAUUUGAGUGACCGCUACAUUGUAUCACUGUGGCAAAGGAGUUGCACCGCCAAUAAUUGGGCUUCAUCGUUCCAGUGAAAUAAUUAAUUUGCAGUUUCCAUUUGUUUCACCAUUCAGGCAGGUUUUUUCCCCCCCCGCGGCUUCGCUGGUUGAAUAAUCGGGGCUUAACGCGCUCCGCCUCGAAACGUCUAUGAGCCGUGGAUACAAAGCCCGCAGUCGCUGCUCCUCGCUGUCAGGAUACUGUGUUUUGUUGAUGUCAUCCGCGGCAGAGCCGGAGCGACCUUCAGUUUGGAGGCAAGAUUAGGAUAAACAAAGACUCGUUUUGGGGAUUUUCUCUCGCCGGUGGCACACGCAACGAGAAUGGGACUUUUGCUGCACUGUCUUCUGCUCUUUCUCGUCACUUUCACUGUUGGUUUAGAUUUUCACCAGCGCGCCAGACCCCACGGACAGUCAGUUUUUGUCAGAAAUUCUAAAAUAGAGAAAGCUGACAGAAUCGUGAAGAGAUCUCUCCCGGGAUGGCCUGCCGCACCAAAGCACAACAUAAAUAGAAGAAGCGCAGAGCAAAGCGACACCUGUAAGGCUCUCCAAGGAUAUGACACCAAGUUAGCCCAAAACACCCACCGCUAUGCCUUCAACGACCUCAGUGGAUCGGUGUCGCUGGCCUGGGUUGGAGAUGGCACGGGGGUCAUCCUGGCUUUGACGACUUUUCAGGUGCCGUUCUUCAUAGUGCGACUUGGGCAGUCCAAACUUUAUCGAAGUGAGAACUAUGGGAAGUCGUUCCAGGAUGUGACCAACCUGAUCAACAACACCUUCAUCAGAACAGAGUUUGGCAUUGCAAUCGGCCCCGAGAACUCUGGAAAAGUGAUCCUGACAGCUGAAGUGUCUGGAAGCCGUGGGUCUCGGAUCUUUGUCUCUGAUGACUUUGGAAACAGUUUCACCCACCAGGACCUGCCCUUCGUCCCCCAGAUGCAGAUCAUGUACAACCCUAGUGAUUCCAAUGUGCUGCUGGUCAUCAGUAACGAUCAUGAGCUCUGGCUGUCUGAAAACUUUGGCGGCAACUGGAGAAAGAUCCAUGACAUGGUGUGUCUGGUGAAAUGGGGAGUGAAAAACACCAUCUUCUUCAGCACCAACCUUAAUGGAUCCUGCACUGACCGUGGGAUGCUGACUCUGAGGAGGACCACAGACUACGGAAAAACCAUCAAGACUGUGGCCAGUAAGAUCUACUCCUUUGGCCUGGGUGGACGCUUCCUCUUUGCCUCUGUAAUGACAGGCAAGGGCACUAUGAGGAUGAUCCAUGUGUCAGUGGACCAGGGUGAGGUCUGGAACAUGGCCCAGCUGCCCCCUGUUGGUCACGAGCAGUUCUACUCCAUCCUCGCGGCCAACGAUGACAUGGUCUUCAUGCAUGUCGAUGAGCCAGGAGAUACAGGAUUUGGCACCAUUUAUGUAUCAGAUGACCGGGGCACUGUGUACUCCAAGUCACUGGAGCGCCACCUUUAUACCACCACGGGGGGCGAAACGGACUUCACUAACGUCACCUCUCUGCGGGGGGUUUUCAUCACCAGUGUCCUGGCUGAAGAUAGCUCAGUGCAGUCUGUGGUGUCCUUCGACCAGGGAGGGGAAUGGGUUCCCCUGCAGAAACCUGCCAACAGCAAGUGUGAUGCCACAGCCAAAGACCCAGACGAGUGUAGUCUCCACAUCCAUGCAGCCUACAGCACAGCUAUGAAGCUCAACAUUCCCAUGCUGCCGCUGUCUGAACCAAAUGCUGUGGGCCUCAUCUUAGCUCAUGGGAGUGUUGGCGAUGCCAUCUCAGUGAUGAGGCCUGAUGUGUAUGUGUCUGAUGAUGGUGGGUACACCUGGCUAAAGGCCCUCAUCGGACCCCACCACUAUGCCAUUCUGGACUCUGGAGGCCUGCUGGUGGCUGUGGAGCACAGCACGAUUCAACCUGUCAACCAGAUCAAGUUUUCCACUGAUGAAGGACAGUGUUGGGCUGUGUAUAACUUCACCCAAGACCCUAUCUACUUCACUGGGUUGGCAUCUGAGCCGGGAGCUCGCUCCAUGAAUGUCAGUAUCUGGGGCUACCGUGACUCAAUCAUCAGCCAGUCCUGGGUCUCUGUCACCAUUGACUUCAGGGAGCUUCUCACCAGAGACUGUGUGGAUUCAGACUAUGUGCAGUGGCUGGCCCACUCUGAUGACAUCAGCGACCCUAACGAUGGCUGCAUGCUGGGCUACAAAGAAAGGUUCCUGCGUCUGAGGAAAGACUCUGUUUGCUGGAACGGACGAGAUUAUCAGGUCAACACCCAGCCGACUCCCUGCCUGUGUACCUUGGAUGACUUCCUGUGUGACUUUGGAUAUUACCGUAAGGAGAACAGCUCGGAGUGUGUGGAGCAGCCGGACCUGAAGGGCCAGGUUCUGGAGUUCUGUCUGCAUGGCAAGGAGGAGCAACUGCAGACCAGUGGUUAUAGGAAAAUCCCUGGAGAUAAAUGUGAGGGAGGAACUACACCUGAGCGUAAAGAGAUAGACCUCAGCAAGAGGUGUGUCAGUGACCUGCUCGGCCCAGAACUACUGACAAAAAUUCAGUCCUCCUCCAGGACUGUGCCUGUCAUAAUAACGGUCAUCAUCGUCAUGCUGCUCAGCAUUGUCGCAGGAGUCAUCUUUGUCAAGAAAUAUGUCUGUGGCGGCAGGUUCCUGGUUCACAGGUACUCAGUGCUGCAGCAACAUGCUGAAGCCAAUGGCAUCGAGGGGGUGGACGACCCGCUGGAGACCAACCACACUCAGAACGGCAAGAGGGAGUUUCAUGACGACUCAGACGAGGACCUGCUUGAAUAGCAGGCACAACCUGUCAUACAACUGAGCAGCAGUCCACCACGUGGCUGGCAACUGUCCUCUCACUCUUUCGUCUCCAGCUACUUCUUCCUAUCACCUUCUAGCGUGACCUUUGGCCUCCGCCACCAGACAAAGAGUCUGUGUCACCCCGCUGUCAUCCAUGAGGUAUCUAAUGAAUGUACAGAGGCUGCCUGGGAUUAAUGCCACGGCUGAGAAGAACCAAGGAGGGCUUGUAGUGUUGUGCUUUGACUACUGAUUCUGUUGAGUUUGAAUUUCCAAGUUCUGUUUUCUAGAGAAUGGAGGACUAUUGCAAUAAUUUGAACGCUGACAGAACCAGAGUAAUGGAUUUUCUGCUUUGAAGCAAGCUAGUUAUAUUAAUAUACCACCGUUGCAUUACGGGUUCUGCCUCUCCCGUCACCUGGGAGUGCUCUUGGGAACAUUGCCCACUUCUGCUGAAGAUGUGUGUCCUUCUUCUCGUGCACUUGUACAUAAACCUUUUUCCUUUGCCAUUGUUCAUGUGAUUUCAUUUGGGAAUGUGUUUAUAAGGUUGCUGUUGAUUGCUGUGGUUUGGUUAAUAACUCACCCAAGCCACUCAAGUCUUAAUCCUUACUUUUAACUAAGUAUUUGUCUAAGUCAGAGGUGACAAACCAUGUGACCUGGAGUGCUGAAGGUAUGUAGGGUUUCAUUUCAACCAAAGAGAAGAAGAGAAAUUCCCUGACAUAGCUUUUGGUUGAAAAACUCGAAUGGUUUCGGCCUUCUGUGGCACAUAGUUUGACACCCGUGGUCUAUGAAGUACUAAGAUGCAAGUGGAAACUUCCAUUUGCAUUAGGAUUGAUAGCAAUAAUAUAUUUAGAUACAAGGUACAGGCAAAUAUAACACUUGAUUGCCACAUGUCUCAAUUCUCGAAUUAGUUCAUUUUAAUCAAUGGAGAAGUUAUUGUGUGAACUGCAAAGCCCAAGCUUAUUUUUAAUACCAUGCAUCAAUAUGGAAGACAGUCAAAUGUGUGUCUAUUUUGAGACAGGAGUUAGUUAAAAAAUAAUGUCUGCAGUUCUGACUGCCUAAAGCACAAGGUCCUUUGUAUGCCAAGAGUGUGUAGUUGAGCAUUUUUCCUAAAUGUGAUCUCUGUGGUAAUCACUGUAGUAACAUGUCAUUUUGCUGUAUGUACAGGUCGUGUUUAUAAUUACUUGAGCAGUUUUUGUACUACUAACAAGAACUUUUCAAAUUAAUUAGCAAAUGACAAAAUGGCAAAUUUUAAAAUGGUUUGAGAAAUUACAGAAAUAUAGUUUAAAAAUAGUUUGAUAGGAAAUAUCUACAGGUAUUUUUUACAACCAGUUCCUAUAUGAAGUAAAUAAAAUAUGAAGUAAGUAAAAUCAAUAUAAUUUGAGCGUGUAAACACAAGGGCAAUGAGAAAAGCAAUGUGAUUGCUGAAGUGUUUACCAGCGUAACUGGCAGAUGCUUGCAUAUUUAAAGAGUUCACAGACACGGUUGUGUAAGCUGAGAAUAUUGUGCUGGUCUGUUGUCUUUGUAGGUAUUUGUGUAUGAGGUGAGCAAGUUCUCCAAAAUCACAAGGACAUUAGAGGUUUGUAACUGGGUCAAGCCAUUCAUAAUUAACUAAUGUAUCUUCCUGAAACUUCUCAAAAAUGCUAUAAUUUUGAAAUAACUGGACGCGCCAUUACCUCCCAACAAAUGUCUGGCACAUCAGCUCUUACAUUUUUUUUCUCCUUGUAAAGAUUUGUUGCACAAUUAUCUUUGUCUUCUGUUCAAUGCAUUACUUUCGUACAGGCGUAAUUUAUUGUGACGAGCAGGUUCAGAGUGCAGUAAAUGUGAUAGUUGGGAUGUGGUUGUACAAGUGCCUGGUGCAGGGAUUUAAUGCGAGCCCUCCCAAUGUGUGGCCAGCGUGGAGUCACUGAUAAAUGAUUUAUCAGUCACUGGGUAACCAGUUAGAUCCAGUAUGUCAGUGAUACCCCCAAGUUGCACUUCCUGCCUAAGUUAACAAAUCCUUUAGCAGUGAAAAUGUGUUUCAUGCAGGCUCCCAUUGAAGUUAAUUGCAUGUUCAUUACCAAUAACUAUACAUGUUUUGAUGAAGUUAUUUCUUCAAAUCCACAGAGCUUGAUGAAAAGAAAACAGGGUCUGAUAACCUGGUUGUCCUCUCUGCUGUUUCAUGUCUUAUGAAGAGACAUCAUUCUGACUUAGAUUUUGCUCUGAAGUGAGAAUCAACUCGUUGUGAAAGGACAAAGAGUGAUAUGUAGCUGCUAUACAUUGACUGGGGAGACACUUGCAAAAUUCUUAUUUAAUGAAGGUUUUAUUGCAUUUUGUGGUGGUGACAUAUUUUCCUUGCCGUUGGAAACACUAUAAAUCAAUAAGUCAUUGUGAUGGUUCUGUAAAUAUACAAUGUUACAUCUUUGUAUCUGCUAUGUUUCUCUCUUCUGUAUAUUUGAGGCAAUUUGCUCUGGGUUGACCAAUAAAUUAACAUGUUCCUCUA